AUGGAGGAUGCCCACGCCAAGACGUGGGAGGAGGUUGUGAACUACUUUGGCACUGACCAAGAACGUGGUCUGUCGUCGGACCAGGUCAAAAAGUAUCAGGAGAAAUACGGACCUAAUGAACUCCCUGCAGAAGAAGGGAAAUCUUUAUGGCAACUGGUCUUGGAACAGUUUGACGAUCUACUAGUUAAGAUUCUUCUGCUUGCCGCUAUUAUCUCAUUUGUUUUGGCCUGUUUUGAAGACCAUGGGGAAGGAUCCGCAGAGGGAAUUACGGCUUUCGUCGAACCUUUUGUCAUUUUGCUCAUUCUUAUUGCAAACGCUAUCGUUGGUGUAUGGCAGGAAAGAAACGCUGAAAGUGCUAUUGAAGCCUUGAAGGAAUAUGAACCUGAAAUGGGCAAAGUUGUUCGAAGUGAUAAGUCUGGAGUACAAAAGGUGCGAUCCCGUGAACUUGUGCCUGGGGAUCUGGUUGAAGUCUCAGUCGGCGACAAAAUUCCCGCUGAUAUCCGAAUCACCAAGGUCUUGUCUACGACCCUUCGUAUCGAUCAGUCCAUCUUGACUGGAGAGUCAGUCUCCGUCAUCAAGCACAACGAGGCCGUUCCCGACCCACGUGCCGUGAACCAGGACAAGAAGAACAUCCUGUUCAGCGGUACUAAUGUUGCAGCUGGAAAGGCUCGCGGUAUUGUUAUUGGAACUGGACUCAACACUGCUAUUGGUAAAAUCCGAACUGAAAUGUCCGAGACUGAGGAAAUCAAGACCCCUCUUCAGCAAAAAUUGGACGAAUUCGGUGAACAACUCUCCAAGGUCAUUUCCAUCAUCUGCGUUGCCGUCUGGGCCAUCAAUAUUGGUCACUUCAACGACCCCGCUCACGGAGGCUCCUGGAUCAAGGGUGCCGUCUACUAUUUCAAGAUCGCUGUUGCUCUGGCCGUCGCUGCCAUCCCAGAAGGUCUGCCCGCUGUCAUCACCACCUGUCUCGCCUUGGGAACCCGACGAAUGGCCCAGAAGAAUGCCAUUGUGCGUUCCUUGCCAUCUGUGGAAACAUUGGGUUGCACCUCAGUCAUCUGCUCUGAUAAAACCGGAACUCUUACCACCAACCAGAUGUCUGUCAGCAGGAUGUUUGUCUUUGAAAAGGCUGAUGGGAAUGACAUUGGCGUGCAUGAAUUCGAAAUCACUGGAUCCACCUACGAACCCAUUGGUGAAGUUUUCUUGAGAGGACAAAAGGUUAAGGCUAGUGAUUAUGAGGCACUUCAAGAACUUGGAACCAUCUGCAUCAUGUGUAACGACUCGGCUAUCGAUUUCAACGAGUUUAAGCAAGUUUUCGAGAAAGUCGGUGAAGCUACUGAAACCGCUCUGAUCGUCCUUGCUGAGAAAUGCAACCCCUUCAACGUUGGAAAAACUGGAUUGGAUCGUCGUGGUGCUGCUAUCUGCGUUCGUCAAGAUAUGGAGACCAAGUGGAAGAAGGAAUUUACUCUGGAAUUCUCCCGGGACCGAAAAUCCAUGUCCUCAUACUGCGUCCCAUUGAAAUCAACCCGUCUUGGAAAUGGACCCAAAAUGUUCAUCAAGGGAGCACCCGAGGGAGUGUUGGACCGUUGCACACACGUCCGAAUUGGAUCUCAGAAGGUCCCAAUGACCAAAGCCAUCAUGGCCAAGAUUUUGGAACUCACCAAACUGUACGGAACUGGUCGCGAUACCCUUCGUUGCUUGGCCCUCGCCACCAUUGAUAACCCACCAAAACCAGAAGACAUGGACUUGGUCGACUCCACCAAAUUCUACCAAUACGAAGUCAACAUGACCUUUGUUGGUGUCGUUGGCAUGUUGGACCCUCCCCGCAAGGAAGUCUUUGACGCCAUCGUUCGAUGCCGACAAGCUGGAAUCCGUGUCAUUGUCAUCACUGGAGACAAUAAGGCCACCGCUGAAGCUAUCUGCAGACGUAUCGGAGUCUUCACCGAGGAGGAGGAUACCACAAACAUGUCUUACUCUGGACGCGAGUUUGACGACCUCUCAAUAUCUGACCAACGUGCUGCCUGUGCCCGAUCUCGAUUGUUCUCUCGUGUGGAGCCAUCUCACAAAUCCAAGAUCGUUGAGUUCUUGCAAUCCAUGAAUGAAAUCUCUGCCAUGACUGGAGACGGCGUGAAUGACGCUCCUGCUUUGAAGAAGGCUGAAAUCGGUAUUGCUAUGGGUUCCGGAACUGCUGUGGCUAAAUCUGCUGCUGAGAUGGUGUUAGCUGAUGACAACUUUAGCUCCAUUGUCGCUGCUGUUGAAGAAGGCCGUGCUAUUUACAACAACAUGAAACAAUUCAUCCGAUACCUUAUUUCUUCCAACAUUGGUGAGGUCGUGUCCAUCUUCUUGACCGCCGCUUUGGGUCUCCCAGAAGCCUUGAUUCCCGUCCAACUCUUGUGGGUCAACUUGGUCACUGACGGUCUCCCAGCUACCGCCCUCGGAUUCAACCCACCUGAUCUUGACAUCAUGAGCAAGCCCCCACGAAAGGCUGACGAGAGCUUGAUUUCCGGAUGGUUGUUCUUCCGUUACAUGGCUGUUGGUGGAUACGUCGGCGCUGGUACCGUUAUGGCUGCUACUUGGUGGUUCAGCAUGUACUCUGGAGGACCUGGACUUUCUUACUACCAAUUGACUCAUCACUUGCAAUGCUCUCCGGACAACGAAUUAUUCAAGGGAGUCGACUGUCACAUUUUCCACGAUCCUCAUCCAAUGACCAUGGCUCUGUCCGUGUUGGUCAGCAUUGAAAUGUUGAACGCCAUGAACAGCUUGUCUGAAAAUCAGUCAUUGGUGGUUAUGCCUCCAUGGACCAACUUGUUCUUGAUGGCCGCCAUGGCUCUGUCAAUGACCCUUCACUUUGUCAUCCUCUAUGUUGAAAUCCUCUCGCAAGUGUUCCAGGUGACUCCUUUGAAUAUGGAAGAAUGGCUCGCUGUCGUAAAAAUUUCGGUUCCCGUCAUUCUCAUUGAUGAAACGCUCAAGUUUGUCGCCCGCAAAUACGUUGAAGGUCAGCGCAAAUAUUUACAUGCUCACUGGAUCGUGCUAAUGUGGGCAGUGUUUUUCGGUGUUUUGUCGGUUAUACCUUUAUAACAAGUGCUCAUUAACUAACGUCUAAAAAAAUUGAAUAUGUGUGUCUGGAUUUUUAAAUGAUAUUUAACCUUACCUCCAAAAAAUAAUCUCCAUGAUCUUCUAUACAAUAAUAUAAUGUAACAACCCAACAAGUAUCUCCUCCACGAUUUAUUUGAAUCCGUAGUUUUGUAGCCUUUGCCUGCAUUUCUUAUGAGGAUAUGAGAAUAUGUGUAACCCCUGUCAAUUCCUCAUGGGGAUUAUUAUGUAAUGUAAUACUUAAUACUAUACAUGUCCCAACAACCAAACCGAGUGUAAAAGCAUUUGUUUUUUUAAAGGAAAAACCAUAUUCCGUUCGGUAUUGUGAUAAUAUGACCUUCUUAUCCUCAUUACGUUUUACUCAACUACUGAUAAUGAAUAAUGUGACGAUAAUGAUAAUGUCCGGUUAUACGUAUGAUUAUCAUGAACAGUUGGUGUUUGAGCAUUUUUCUCUCUCUCUCUCUUUCAGUAGUUGAGUAAAACUUAAUUUGUAUUCCUCCACUAAUUUUUAAUAUUAAUUUAAUAUAUAAUAACGUAUAAACUCGUUGUCGUAGUUUAAUAAGCACAUGUACAAUUUCAAGUGGUUAGUAGAUGGAUAUUGUGUGUGGGGUGGUUUGUAAAUGCAAUUACGUUGGUGUUGUUUUUGGGAUUUGUGUGUUGUGGCCUUUUGGGGUCCGGUCAAGUAGUGUUUGUCCCUAGAUGAUAUGAUUGCGAUAUGCUACAAAGAUUUGAAUGAGUGAUGUUAUGAACAUGUAAAAUUUUAUAAUACGUAGUAGUAGAUGAUUUUAGUGUACUUAUUAAGCCAUAGCUUAGCUAUUAGUUUGUAGUAUUGAAAGACACCAUUUUAAUCCGAUUGCAAAUAAUCCUUUAAACGGAUCGAGUUGACCGCAUUUUGCCAUACUACCUAAAUUCAUAAUCCAAUCAAGUAAUAAUAAUAAUUAAUAAUUAUAUUAUCGACAGAUAUAUAAAAUAAGGUCAUCUGUUUAGAUAUAGUGAACAAUAACAAUGUAGUGGUGUGGUGGUGUGGUAUUUAAUUGAAGGAAUGACAUACAAUUACCUAAUAUUAUGUAAUGGUGUGUUUAUCAAAGAAUUUGUCCUGAUCGCGUGAUAAUUUAACUUAACACGUGUUUGGAAUUAAUUGACUGUUGCUAGUUUCUUGAACUUAAGGACUAUUCGUAUCUUGUCAAACGAAAUACUUGUAAUUCUUCGAUAUCGAUAAUGUUACUUACUCCUAAACUAUAUACUAUACUACACUACACAUCACAACAGUUCCAACCAAGUCAAUAGUUGAGUAGUCCUCGUCGCCACACUGGAUAACUAAUUAUUUAAGCAAGUAUUCCUCGCGAAUCAUCAAGUAAUUACAUACAUACAAAAAGUAAUAAGGUUUGUAUUCCUUUUUGAUAUGAUUUCUCUAUUUCUUAUUACAAUAUUCUCAAGCUGGUCUUAUGUACACGAUAACAUUUUUUUAAACCGUAUAAUUGAAAUGUACAAAAAUAAGAUAAUGGAAUUUCAAGAUUUUGAAUAUUGAAAGCCGUUGUAAUUUAAACAAAAACAAACCUGACCCAGCAGUUAAAAAAGGACGAAGAAAAAGGAUAUAUAUAAAAUAAUUUUUAAUUCGAUUAAAUUUGUGGUCCGUUAAAAAAGAUGAAAAUAAUGCCAAGUAGUAGUCCGCACUUAGGAUUAGCCUUUUUCUAUAAAUGUUUUGUGGUGGUGUACAGUCACGCACACGGUUAGAUGAUCAAGAUCUGUAAAUGACCCGUUUAUAAGCAUAAUGUAGGUGUACGUACUUUUGUGUUAUUUAUCAUUCGACUACUAACAACUUUUUUAAAUCGGAUUAACGAAUGUUUUUUUGGAGUUCUUAAUUAAAUUUUUUUUGGAAAACUACAAAAAAAUAUUUAGAAUAUAGCAAUCAACAUUCUCUCACAUCACAUUAUAAUAAAUAAGGUCCUGAUUAUUGUAAUAAUUAGUAGAUCUAUGGUGGUACAUGCCUAAUGUAGUGGUUGUAAGAUCUGACCUGGAUUUUUGAUGAGCUUUCUCCCACCCCAUAUUAAAAAUGGAAACGUGGUUAAGGUUUGCGUUUGAGUUUUUUACAA